UGUUCUGAUUGUUAUAUAUUUUGUCGGUGUCAAUGUGUCAUAAUAAUUGUAUAAAUAGUGACUGCUUGUUAUUUUGAACGUUUGUUUAAUUAUAACAAAAAUAUAUGUACCUAGUUUCACUUUACAAUUGUACUAUACACAUUCAUUUUGUAUCUGAUUUUUUCUAUAUUGUUAUUUAAUCGUGUGAACCGUAUUAGGUAUAUAAUUGUGGUCAUCAUGUUGUCUUCGAAUUUGUCAGACAGUAGUGAACAAUCCGAAGAAGAGGCGCCCAAAAUGGAGAAUUCAAAAAAAAAGAAAAGCAAGAAACGCACUUAUGACGAAAGAGUGACAUCCAGGUUUUACACUCAAGAUGAUGAUCAAUGCGAUCUUCCAUACAUGGCUGAUAAUGUUAAAAAAAAUAAAAAAAUAAAAAAAAGUCGAAAUUUUAAGAAAUCACCACAUUCCGAAAACGAAACGCCUUACCAGUCAUCAUCUAACAGAAUUUUAAAUAGAGAUACAGAGAUCAGUUUUAGUGGUGUAAAUGAUCUAAACAAUCAAGAAAAAUCGUAUUUAGAUAAUCCUUGUAAUUUUAUGAAAAAUACAGCCAAGCCAGAAUUUCAUGAGAAGGAUUCUGACAGCAGUUCAGACAGUGAUUCCAGUAAUCCAUCUUUCUUUGGAGAACAAUCAAAUAAACUAAAAAAUGUAUUUAAAGAAGAUAAUGCCUUUACAAAGUGGUCGAAGAAAAGCAGUGACUCUGAUUCUGAUGAUCCAGUAUCGAAUAGUUUUGAUAACACGGAAAAAAGUAGUAACAAAGGAAUGUCGUUAAUGAAAAAAAUUGGUUACAAAGAAGGAGAAGGUUUAGGAAAAAAUGCCCAAGGCUUGGUCAAUCCUGUACAGCUGCCAACUCAAAAAGGGCGAAGAGGCUUAGGUUUUAGUUCGCAAGCGCCGAGAGAAGCUUUUGUCUUAGACUGGAAUGCUGAAAUGAAAGAAUCCACAGAAAUAUUAAAAGUAACAGAAUGGUUAGAAAAUGAUGUUCCUUCGGUUUUUUCGUACAACAAUAUGGUGUAUUGGAUUAAAACGGGUGAAAAAAAGUUGACUUAUGAUCAGACAACUGAAUUUGCAGAUCCUGAAAUCUUUAAAGUCGUUAAUUCUAGUAAGAAUGUGUUGGAUAAUAUUGACGAUCAUGAUUUUCGCAAUGCUAGGACUAAAGCAAAUCCGUUUGAAACGAUAAAAAAUGGAAUAUUCCAAAAUAGAGCUGCAAUGAAAAUGGCUAAUAUCGAUUGGGCGUGUGAUUUUAUGUUCACCGAUCCUAAAUACAGCGACGAGACAAGUAUGCUGUCAGGGCCUAGCGAUUUAGUGUACUUUGCAGAUAUAUGUGCGGGACCUGGUGGCUUUUCAGAGUAUGUCCUUUGGCGAAAAGGUUGGAGGGCCAAAGGCGUAGGAUUUACAUUACGCAACGACAAUGAUUUUAAGCUAAACGAUUUCUAUGCUGGCUCUCCCGAGUCUUUCCAGACAUUUUAUGGUUCUGCGGAAGACGGUGAUAUUUACAAACCAAAAAAUAUCAGUAGUCUAGAAAAGUAUGUUAUGGAAGUAACCGACAACGAAGGUGUACAUUUUGUUAUGGCUGAUGGUGGAUUUUCUGUUGAAGGCCAAGAAAGUUUUCAAGAAAUACUAUCUAAACGUUUAUAUUUAUGUCAAGCUUUAACUGCAAUUAGCAUUUUACGGCACAACGGUCAUUUUAUGUGUAAACUUUUUGAUAUAUUUACAGAAUUCAGCGCCGGACUUUUAUUUCUUUUGUAUAAGUGUUUUAAACAAAUAAGUAUUUAUAAACCAGUGACGAGUCGUCCAGCAAACUCCGAAAGAUAUGUAAUUUGCAAAUGGAGAAACGAGAAUGUUGACGUCAUUAAGAAGUACUUGUAUAAUGUGAAUUUAACAUGGAACGAAUUGAGUUCAAAAGAAGACAUCUUGACUAUUGUACCACUUGAAGAGAUAUUAAAUGAUAAAUCUUUUUUUGAAUAUUUAUGGAAAUCAAAUAACGAACUGGGGCAGAUACAAGCAUUAAGUCUAUCAAAAAUUGUUGCAUUUACAAAAGAUCAACGUUUAGCUGACGACAGACAGAAAGACCUUAGAAAAAUGUGUUUAGAUCUUUGGGACGUUAAGGACGAUGUAAGAAAAGCUCCUCCAAGAGACGAGGCCCCGGCUGCUUGUAAUAAGUUCAUUACGGGGUCAAGAGAUUUUUUAGAAUGUUCUCCGGAAAAACUUAAUCAAGAAAACCUAGCGAAAAAUAUUAAAUCAAAGUACGACUGGCAUUGUGUUUUGCUUAAUGGAACUAAAGCGCCUACAUUUUUUUUAAGCUUAGGUGGUAGUCGAGUGUACGAACUCAGCGAUCAUCAUCGUUGGAUAUGUAACGAUUCUUUAAAAAAUAUCACUAUGAGCCCUGGUACACUCGUUUACGGAGAACUGGCAUAUGAGUUCGAAGGUGAAAGCCUCGGUCAGCUCAGGGUAAAAGUAUUACAUAUUAUUGACGCGUACAGGCUCGGCAACAUAGAUAUCAGUAAUUAUAGUUAUUUGACCAGAGUCGAAUAUUGUAGAAACUUUGCAAAAUCCAUGAAUAAACAAGAUCCUGAUCAAACUAAAAUCAGAGUAAAAGAACCCGUUUACUUGACAGAAAUAUCGGAGAUGUUUGAAAAAAUAGAUUUGAGAUGGUCAAAAUGCCACCGAAAAGAUGUACAAAUGUAUUCGUUGGACGAACGCAAAUAUUGCUCUGCCACCGGAAUAUUAUUUAUUAACGGCACGGCGAAACCUUGGAUCAGAGCUUAUUCUCGUACUUAUAGUAAAAUAUAUUAUUGGCAUCCAAAUCAACAGCCCAUUUACGAAGAACAAAAUCCCACUGCUGCAUACGCCUCUUUUAGGGAAUGUUGUAGGACUAGUAAAAUAUGGCACUGGAUAGACGAUUUAGGAAAUCCAAUAACAUCAACAAAACAGCUGCAACAAAAAGAUGUAUUGAACAUUCUGAAAUGACUUCCUACUCUUACUUUUUAUGUUAUUUAGCUAUGCAUAUUUUGUUGAUUUGUUAUUUUAUUACAUUUCAAACAUUAACUUUGUCAUAUACUUAAUUUUAGACUGAGUCAAAUGAAUAAA